GAGAGGAGACUGGUAACUACAAAUAUUCAGCCAAAAAUUAAAUAAUUAGUAAAAAACAAUAUUUUUUAAAGAGAAAAAAACGUAUAUCCAUUUUAUUCAUCUUAUGGGGUUUUUUUCUUUAGAAAAUGUAUUUUGUGAUUAUUUUGAAGUUUAGAUAAGAUUUCUCAGAAGAGUGCAAGUGUCACGUGUCAGAGAGCGAUUCCAAAUAAGGUCAUCAUGCAUAAUUAUAUAUUUCCCGCGAAAUCCAAAAAAAAGUCAGACUGCAAAGCACAGCAAAAUGAACUGAACAUAAGCCAGGCUUUCUCUUAGACAAACUUCAAUUUUAGCCCGCUUUUUGCGACUUUCUACACAGCAUACACUGCUUCAAUUAUAAUCCUAACAAAAUGGUUGAAAAAGAUUGGAAGCAGUCGUCGCUAGCAGUGGAUAUAAACCAAGUUUUAAGAGAUAAAGAAGCACGCCUUCCAAAUUUCAUGGCUGCUUCACCUCAGCUCAAAGUUCGACGUUUCCUUGUGGACUGGCUCGCGAUAAUUUGCGAGAAGAUUGACUCUUCACACGGAGUGCUUCAUUUAGCUGUUUGCUACAUGGAUUUCUUUAUGGAUAAGUUUAUCAUUCAGGAAUCUCAGCUUCACCUGCUUGCACUUUCUUGCAUGUUGUUGGCAGCGAAGUUUGAAGAAAAUGAAGAUAAGAUUCCAACAAUUGCAACCUUGAAUAAGUUUGUCAAUGAUAUCUUCAAGCAAGCAGAAUACCAUCAGAUGGAAUUAUUGUUGCUUAAUUUCUUUAAAUGGAACAUCGACUUACCCACACCUGUGCACUUUAUGGAGUAUUACCUAGCAAGGGCACUGAUGGACCUGGAUGGUGAGAAUGGAAUUGUUCUAGUGGAUACAUCUAGGAUAACCACAUACAUGAGAAAAUAUGUCCAUUAUUUCCUGGAAAUCUCACUACAAGACCACAUUUUUCUGUCUUUUGCACCUUCACUCAUCACCUCGUCUGCAAUAGCUGCUUCAAGGAUAUGUCUAAAACUCUCACCUUCCUGGACAACACAUCUGGAAAAAGUUACAAACUAUUCCUGGGAGAAAAUAGCACCUUGUACAGAAAUCAUGUUGAAGGCCCAUGAAGCAGACAAGAAGGCUCAACAGAAAAAUAARAAUGCAAAAGGAUGAAAGGGAAAUGGUCAAAAAAAUUGAUGAUGAGAGAUUUGAAGUUACUUGUUAACCAGGUGUAGAAUGCACACUCUCUGGCAGUGUG